AUGUUGUCCCUUCGCGCUCUCGCCCGCGCCGCCCCACGAACAGCUUCCCGCUUCGCAGCGACUUCUUCCAUCAGGCCUGCAUUCCAAAAUGCCCUGAGAUCGAGAAUUACAGCCCAGACGCCUCGCAUCGCCACAUUCACAACCACACGAACACGUUUCGAUGAAUACAGCCAGCAAUUGGUCGCCAAGCUUGACAACGAGAUCGACAUUGAGACACAGGAGUCCGCACAACAAGCCGGCAGCGAUUCAAACGUAGACCAGUUCAAGGCCGAGAACCCGUCCUGGGAGAUCAAGGACACCGAGGGUGGCCAAGAUGUCUAUCUCACUCGCAAAUUCGACGACGAGGACAUCACUGUGCACUUCUCGAUUGCCGACUUCAACUCUCAGAUGUACAACGAGGACGAGAUGGACACGGCUAUGGCCGACGAGGAAGACAUGGAGGUCCAGAGCGGCGGCGCCAACACCAAGGGCUCUGUCAACCGUGGAGGCACUGCGAACCAGAACUUCAAAGUCGCGCCUGAAGACAGCAUUGCCCCAGCCGACAGAGAGGAGCUGAGAGAUGAGGUACAUGAAGAUCUUUGCACUUGGACGAUGUGGAGACUAACAAGUGACACAGGAGGACGAGCAAUCACCUGCUUACCCAGUCAGCGUUGAGGUUCUCAUUCAGCGACCGAACAAGGGAGCCCUCAAGUUCGACUUGGUAGCAUCUGACGGGGACUUCAUGGUUGAGAAGCUGGUGCAGCUGCCCCAGAGCGGCAAGACCACCGACGCCGCUGCAAUUCUGCGGUCCGACCACGACAGCACCUACCCUGGCCCGCCAUUCGCGCAACUCGAUGAGGAAGUCCAGGGCAUACUCGAGAGCUACCUCAACGCUCGUGGCAUCACCAACCACCUCGCCAUGUUCAUUCCAGACUACAUUGAUGUGAAGGAGCAGAAGGAGUACCUCGGUUGGCUCAAGCGGGUCAAGGACUUCGUUGAGUAA